AAGAUGCUGGAGUAAUGUGUAAUUGUCCAGUGGGCUCCGGCUAUUUAUAGCGAAAAGAGGGAAGGGGCGUCAGCGUGGCGAGGGCGGGGGUGCGCGCUAGUAGUCCUACGGCGCGGCAUCGCUAUGGUCGUAGAGAAAAGCGAGAGAACCCGCGGGAGAACGGGGCAUGGUAGUUAGUUGAGUUGUUAGGCGACCCUUGUCACCAAUCGGGCGGUCUACCCAUCGUGCGUGCUCCGCCGAAGCCCGACCGCCGAUCCUCCCGCGCCUGUCCGGUCUGCAGCCGCUUCGGGAACUACAGUGACCUCUGACGGGAGAGAAGCUAUGCCUUGUUAAAUUCGCGAGAGCGGUGCGGGCCGAGUUAGAAGUGCCGUGAUCUUGUCCCCUCCGUUCACGGGAUCCCACUACCGCUGUCACGUUGUCGAGUUGAGCCAAUUAGCGAUCGCGUUGCGUCACGUGCAGUCUGUCACGGAACUUGUGUGAUUUUGACACGUUGAUAUGUGCAGUGAAAUCAAAGUGCCGCGGGCGAUUUAGUGCCAACCUCUUCUUCCCUUCCUUCCUCCUGUCUAAUACCCCCCCCUACAGUGUGUUUUAUCGUGGAAUGUGGAAAUGCAAGAUGGAAAAAAGAAUUAAUGUUUUUUCUCGGGGGAAAGAUAAUGGAAAAUAAUUGUCGCCGCGACCAAGGAAUUCGCCGCGGAAGUUGUACUAAUGUGGAACCGUUCUGUGGUGUAAGGAAACGACAUUGAGAAACAGCAAUGCAAGAGAAGAAAAGUGUUCCCUUGGGCCUGGGGUCUGCCUUCGCCGCCCUGCCCCCGCCCCCGCCCCUGCCCGUCGACCAGCGCACUCACGAGGGCCGCUAUGUGUGGGACCCCGCGCGCCUCCACACGCUCCACGCGCCGCAUCAUGGGUAUGUUUACUCUGACGGGUCAUUCGUAUCCACUUCACAUUUGCUGGGCGUGAGCGGGGGGAAUCCUGCGCUGGAUUUGCCCCUGGUGGGAGGGCGCCUGGGUGCGGCACCUCUGGGCACCACCCCAGGGGACCUCCCCGCCCCCCCACACCCACCCUACCGCAUCCCCCCCUACAUGGAGCAUCUGUACCAGUCCCUACACACUUCCCCCCAGGCCUCUCUCAGGGGACUUUCCCCCCUAGAAAGUCGUGUCUCACCUUGUUGUGUUUUGCGGCAUUACGACUCCGCGGCCGAGAGUGUCACCACGCAAGACUCGCACCCUUCAGAGACCCCCGAAAACAAAGUCUAA